GAAAAAAAGAAAAAAAAAUAUGGGAAGACAACCUUGCUGUGACAAGGUUGGAUUGAAGAGAGGUCCAUGGACAAUUGAGGAAGAUCAUAAGCUUGUCAACUUUAUCCUCAACAAUGGUAUCCAUUGCUGGAGAAUGGUUCCUAAGCUUGCUGGUUUGCUAAGAUGUGGGAAAAGCUGCAGAUUAAGAUGGAUCAAUUAUCUGAGACCAGAUCUUAAAAGAGGUGCUUUUACAGAAAUGGAAGAGGAUCAAAUUAUUCAAUUACAUUCGCGUCUAGGUAACAGGUGGUCUAAGAUUGCUGCACAUUUUCCUGGUCGCACAGAUAAUGAGAUUAAAAACCACUGGAAUACUAGAAUCAAAAAGAGAUUGAAGCUCCUUGGUCUAGACCCUGUACCUCACAAUUCCACUGAGUUGCAAAAAGAAAAUGAUGAUGAUGAUGAAGCGAAAAAAGAGGUCACGGUUUCGGACCAUGGACAAGAAAAUAGCUUGGAAGAAGCUAAAGUAGGACGACAGGAUAUUGGUCAUGCCAAGAGAGUGAGUCCUGAAACAAAUGAGAAAAAGAGGAAUUCAGUUGAGCUCAAUUCUUUGGAUGAAACAACUAAUGAACUUUUGGAGAGUUAUGAGAUGCUGUGUGGGAAUUUCAAUUUGGGAUUGCCAUGGAUGAUCGAUCACCAAGAAACCAAUACCAACACCACCACCACUACUUCAUACACUAGUUCUUCGUUUUCUCUGGAAGAAUAUUCCAACAACCCUUCUUCAAUAGUUGAAUCAUCCUCCAUUAUCCAUGAAGAUAACUCUCUGCAACAAUGGGCGGAUAGUACUACUAUGGAUUCCAAUUCCAUACUGUCAUGGGAUAUUGGCUUCAAUAAUCCCCUGGAACAAGACCUUUUGUUCUUUGAAAAAUAUAGCCAAUAUUUAACCUCAUAUCCACCUUUAUAAACUUGCCUCUACUUUUCUUCAUCAAAUUGGAGUGAUAAAUAGUAUAUGUUACAAAUAUUUAAAGUCUAUAUAUAAGUAGAUUCUAAUUCUGAUA